CAGUCAGUCUCAGCACGCGCAGCUUACUAUCACUACAUGCCAGUCAACAACACUUUCCUUUCACUCCGACGCGAAGACUUCGGUUUAGUUUAGUUUAACCACGUCGCUUAUACUUCCACCCGCGGUGUUUUUUUAUUCAACCUAAAAGCUUUUCCCGAGCUUCAUAAGCUGCUUUGGGUAAGAAAAGCUCGUUUGUUGUGCGUGUAAAGGCAGCUCAGUUUCUCAGCAAUGGCGACAGCUGCGGUAUCUGCCCCUGCUGGCGGCGGCCCGAACCCCGGAUCCGGUGCCGAGAUGGUCCGCGGUCAGGCUUUCGACGUCGGGCCGCGCUACAGCAACCUCUCGUACAUCGGAGAAGGCGCAUACGGCAUGGUUUGCUCGGCGUAUAAGUGUGAUAAUAAAGUGCGUGUGGCGAUAAAGAAAAUCAGUCCGUUUGAGCACCAGACAUACUGUCAGCGCACACUCCGUGAGAUUAAAAUCCUGCUCCGCUUCAAGCACGAGAACAUCAUCGGCAUCAACGACAUCAUCCGCACCCCCACCAUCGACCAGAUGAAAGACGUCUACAUUGUACAGGAUCUGAUGGAGACGGACUUGUACAAGCUGUUGAAGACGCAGCACUUGAGCAAUGACCACAUCUGUUACUUCCUGUACCAGAUCUUGCGUGGCCUGAAGUACAUCCACUCGGCAAACGUUCUCCACAGAGACCUGAAGCCAUCUAACCUGUUACUCAACACUACUUGCGAUCUCAAGAUCUGUGAUUUUGGGCUCGCCCGGGUGGCCGAUCCAGACCAUGACCACACCGGCUUCCUGACGGAGUAUGUAGCCACACGUUGGUACCGCGCACCAGAGAUUAUGCUCAAUUCUAAGGGUUACACUAAGUCCAUUGAUAUAUGGUCGGUCGGUUGUAUUCUGGCUGAGAUGCUUUCGAAUCGACCCAUCUUUCCUGAAAAACAAUAUCUACAACAUCAAAAACACAUCAUAGGUAUUUUGGGCUCGCCCUCUCAGGAGGAUCUCAAUUGCAUUAUCAACAUUAAGGCGAGAAAUUACCUGCUGUCACUUCCUCUCCGCUGCAAAGUGCCCUGGAACCGCCUGUUUCCUAACGCCGACCCUAAAGCGUUGGACCUGUUGGAUAAGAUGUUGACCUUUAACCCUCAUAAGAGGAUUGAGGUGGAGGAGGCGCUGGCUCACCCGUACCUGGAGCAGUACUAUGACCCCACAGAUGAGCCUGUUGCCGAGGCUCCGUUUAAGUUCGAUAUGGAGCUAGAUGACUUGCCCAAAGAGACUUUGAAAGAACUGAUCUUUGAAGAAACUGCACGCUUCCAGCCAGGCUACAGACCAUAGCCUAUCGCACAGGUGUGUUGGUCUGGAUUCGAUCAUGCUGAUGCUUCUGUCUCCACUCCACUGUGCGCUGUAGUCCUCUUUUGGUCUUCAUCGCCAUCAUCAUCAUCACCAUCGAUAACUCCUCCUCCUCCUAAACUCCAAAACUACAGGCAGCCCUCAAAGUUCAUCUGACCCCAGCUGAGAACAUGCACUCCUGCUCCACUCCUUCAGUCUCAUUACAAUGAAAGCGCAGAGCUUCUCUCACACUCGCACUCUCUCUUCCUGCCCAUCUGUGUGAAAGCUUGCCCGCGUGUGUUUGUGGUCAACACCUCGUCAAGGUUUCUGAUUCCGAUGAACCCUUUUUCUCUCAGCCUCCUGAUACACUUCAGUAAAAACCGUCUAUGAUUGUG